GUCAUCACCACCGCACGCGCGCUCCAAGCGCAAGGGCUAUUCAGCCGCCGCACACAAACAGUCACGGACCAACGGGUUUAAAGAACUGAGGAUUUAAAUUAAAUACCGAGUGUGAGAGACGUUGAGCCUUGGGUGAGGGAGGGAAAGAGACUGAUUUGUAUCUUCCCCAGAUCGGGAGGGGGAGGAGGCACGGAGAAUGAGCUAUUAUUGUACCAGCACAGAGGCUGUGUGUAAUAGCCAGGACGCACCUAACGCCAGUGCGAGGAAAGCAGCUACUAAUAAUACGAACCGUGGCAGCGAAGGUCUCGAGAGCAGCAGCAGCACUAGUUCACGGCAGUCGCAACCCCAACCGCUCGUGGCCAUGAAAGUGAAGAAAGGCUGCAACUCGACAGAUGCUGGGGUCCCGGUUACAAGUGAGGACGAGUUGCUAAGAAACCCCGUAAUAUCGCCUGAGGAUGUACUUGGGUUACAAAAGAUCACCGAAAACUACCUAUGUUCCCCAGAGGAGAACGUUCACAUGAUCGACUUCACACGGUUCAAGAUCCGAGACAUGGAGACAGGGACGGUGCUGUUUGAGAUCACUAAACCCCCUGUACCAGCAGGCGAAAAGAAGGAUUUUGACCCCAACGGAGGCCGCUUCGUCCGUUACCAGUUCACCCCUGCCUUCCUGCAGUUGCGCCAGGUCGGCGCCACUGUGGAGUUCACAGUGGGAGACAUGCCCAUCAACAACUUCAGGAUGAUUGAGAGGCACUACUUCAGAGAGCAGCUCCUCAAAAGCUUUGAUUUUGAGUUUGGUUUCUGUAUGCCCAGCAGCAAGAACACCUGUGAACACAUCUACGAGUUCCCCCCUCUGUCAGAGGACAUCAUGCGCGAGAUGAUCCUGCACCCAUACAAAACGCAGUCCGACAGCUUCUACUUUGUGGACAACAAGCUGGUGAUGCACAACAAGGCAGACUACUCCUACAGUGGGAGUCCGUAGGAGCACAGGACUUCCCUAGACACCUAGACCCACUCCAACUCUAACCCACCCCACCAUAGGACCAUGGACAGACAGACAGACAGACAGACAGACAGACAGACAGACAGACAGACGACAAACGGAGAGACGUAUGGACGGACUGACAGGUCACAAGCAGCAGGACUGAUGGACAGCCUCGCACUCUCAGCAGCUUUAUUUUCUCCAAUCAGAAUUCCUCCGUUGCUUGUCAUCCCCUCAAUUGCAAUCCCCUACUCCAGUCUCUUUCAAUGACCUCUCAACUUUCUGUGUCUGAUAGAGAGUGUUAUAGAUGUGUACACAGUCUAGCAUACAUAAACACACACAGACCUUCGCUAUGGGACACGUCUGAUGUGGCCUGAUCUAGACAAAUUAAAAGCACAACCAGUAGAGUAUAUAAGGGCCAGUAACAAUGAGUGAGAUUGAAUGUCUAGUCAGUGAGUUCUCAGUCAGUCAGCUAAAGAGAAAAAGAGAAAGGGAGAGAGAGAUAAGAAGAGACAGAAAAAAUGAAGAGAGCGAGAAAGAGAGAUAGAAUGUCUGCUUUUCUGCACUUCAUCUCAUUGACAUUUACAGUACCAGUCAAAGGUUUGGACACACCUACUCAUUCAAGGGUUUUACAUGACUAUUUUCUACAUUGUAGAAUAAUAGUGAAGACAUCAAAACUAUGAAAUAGC